GUAGUUUUAAAUGCUAAAAUCUUUCGUUUAUAAAUAAAUCAAAGUGUAUCAAUACAAUUCAUAUAAGAAAAAGAAAAAAAGAAAAAAACAAAGAGAAGACUUGUAAGGCAUAAUUCGUUACUUCGUCAAUGGCGAAGAAAGCGCUAUUGAUAGGAAUCAACUACCCAGGAACAGCUGUGGAGUUGCGUGGAUGUGUCAACGACGUCCGUCGGAUGCAAAAAUGCUUAAUCGAACGUUACGGAUUCUCCAACAAGGACAUCACAAUACUGAUCGACACGGACAAAUCCUGCAUCCAACCCACAGGCAAAAACAUCCGCCACCAUUUGGAAAAACUCAUCGAUCUCGGGAAAUCUGGUGACUUUCUGGUCUUUCAUUACAGUGGACAUGGCACGAGACUUCCGCCUCCUGAUAUAGAAUCAGGCGACUCUACCGGGUUUGACGAGUGUAUCACUCCUUGCGAUAUGAAUCUUAUCAGGGACGAUGAAUUUAGAAGUAUGGUGGCAAACGUCAAAAAAGGUUGUCAACUGACGAUAAUCUCGGACUCUUGCCAUAGUGGUGGUCUCAUCGAGGGAGUUAAGGAGCAGAUCGGGGAAAGCCAUGUGAAGCCGAUCGAGGAAGACCAUGCGGAUCCACCAAAACCUGGGAUUGUUAAUAACCUGCUUAGCAUUCUGACAAGUUUUUUUGCUAUUUGUGGAAUCUCAAAAUCUCAGACUCAGACUCAGACAGACCGUGGCGGUGGCCAAGAAAGCUUUGCCGGAGAGUUAGAACUAGAGACGGAUGAAACCUUUGAUGUUAAAACAAGAUAUAUACCUUUCCAUAUCUACGUAAGUCUUCUCAAGCAACAAACCGGGAAAACUAAUAUCCAAUCUGGGAGAAUCAGACAGACACUUGCUAAAUUAUUCGGUGAAGACUCAAGCAUGAGUCGUGACAGAAGUUUACGUGACAUAGGAAACUGCGAGGUCAAUGCAGCAGUCGAUUCUGAACGCCCAAUAUUAAAAACAAAAGUAUUUGCCGACAAAGGGAUUCUGUUAAGUGGAUGCCAAACAAAUGAGAAAUCAGAGGAUGUUUAUGUGACAAGAACCGGGAAAGCUUAUGGAGCAUUCAGUGAUGCGAUUCAGACGAUACUGUCGGAGACGAGAAAGGACAAGAAGAUCACGAACAAAAAACUGGUUAUGAGAGCUAGGGAGAUUCUCAAGAGACAUAGGUUUAGUCAACGGCCAGGUUUGUAUUGUCAUGACCGUUAUGUUAAUAAACCAUUUAUAUGCUAAAACACACACAACAAGUUCAUCAGAGAAUUUUGGUUUAAUGGUUUCUUCUUUUGUAAUUUAAGAUUUUUGAAGUAAAUGUUUUCUUUUUGUUGGUGGGUUUGACUAAGCCCUAGGUGACUUGUGACUCAAGUAAUG